AUGGGUACAGAAUCUAAAGGAAGAGCAUGGUUUGGUAAAAUCUACAACAAGUUGGAAACGAUACUUGUGGAGGUGGACACUUUCACUUCAAAGAACACGCUUUGUUUGAAAUCAAGUGAUCCUUCGGACUGGGAAUCUGUAAGAAGUGAACCAGAGGAAGUCGCCGAAGAUCGAACUUCUGGAAUUUGUGAUUUGCAGAAGGAACAGAAUCCUAGUUGUGAAGGUCCUUCUGAUCCACCGUCAGUUCAGAACUUUGACAUUUCAGGAUAUGUUCGGAUUGAGGAACGAGUUCAAGGAGAUGGCUUAAACGAGGAUUCAUCGGCUACCUCGUUGUUGCCCGAUGGAGAAAUACUCUCUGGAGCUCCAUUGCUCGAAGAGUAUUGUAAUGGUAAUCUGACAUCAGCUACUACUCUUGGUGAUGAAGAACCAAUAAUUACCGAUGAAGAAUCUCAGAUUACAAACACUUUAACCCCUCAAAAAUGUUCUGCUGGAGAUCCUUCGGUUUUUCCAGGGGAAGAAAGUGUAGAAGAAGAUAGAGUUGAGUCGUGCAGGGAUGAUGUUUCCAUAGAAUCUGAAUCUACUGAAAUUUCUGUGGGAAGUUUUGAGACUGUAGUAGAUUCUGAAUCUACUCAGAGUUCUACGGAUGAUUCAAAUCUAAAUCCGAUCGCCACAAAGAUUCUAGAUAUACAUGUUCAAGAUAAUGUGGCAAUCAUGAGAUCCUCUAAUGACGGUAAUCUAGACGCUGUGACCAAUGGCAAAUCUGAUAUUUCUCCAUCGGAUUCCAAAGCAUUGCACAGCAUGGAAGUUCGAGAAGACCCUUCGUUUGUUGACGACAAUGCACUCUAUGCAGUGCGUCUUAGGACCAAGAAACUCAGAUCAUACAAGAGAAAGAUAGUGGAUGCUUUAACUUCGAAAAGAAGAAGAGAGAAGGACUAUGAAGAGCUUUCAAUUUGGUUCGGAGAUGCGGAUAUGGGUUCAGAUCUGGCCAUUGGGGAAGAUUCUAGACACUCCAAAAGCUCACAGGUACAUGAACCAGAAGAUUCGCCGUGGGAGCUAUUGUGA